CUGCUUAUAAUAUUUUUUUCUAGCUAAAUACGAUAAAUUAAUGUUUCCAUAUUAAUUUCUUUUAAUACUAUUAUGGAUAUCUCACCUGAAAGCAUUUCAGCAUUAAGACAGUCAUUUGAAGAUAAAUUAAACGAACAAAAUGAAGUGUUUCAUCCUAUGGAUCUUGCUAAAAUAAAUAAUUCAGAUUCAUGGCUUAAAAGGUUUUUAAUUCAUACUGAAGGAAAUCAAGAAGAGGCUUUAUCCAUGUUAUGGAAUGUAUGUGAAUGGAGAAAAUCAUUUGGUGUUAAUGAAAUAAGUGAAUCAAAUGGUACAGUAAGAAUUGAUUACUUAGAGGAGGGAAUUAUGUUUCCUCAUGGCGUGGAUAAAGAUGGUAAACUUAUGUUCAUUAUUCAAUGUAAAUUGCAUUUUAAAGCUUCUAAAGAUCCAGAGGAAUGUAAAAAGUGUGCAGUGUACUGGUUUGAAAGAAUGGAAAGGUUAACUAAUGGUGAUCAAAUUACAAUAUUUUUUGAUAUGAUGGGUUCUGGUUUAAGUAAUCUUGAUAUGGAAUUUACAAAUUACUUAAUAAAUUUACUUAAAAUGUAUUAUCCAGCCUUUUUAAAUUACAUUAUAAUUUUUGAAAUGCCAUGGGUUUUAAAUGCGGCUUUUAAAAUAAUAAAAACAUGGUUACCAGCCAAAGCUGUAAAAAAAAUUAAAUUCUUAAAUAAACAAAAUUUAAAUGAAUUUGUAUCAAAAGAAUCAAUAAUGGUCAGUUGGGGUGGUGAAGACAAUUAUAAGUUUAAUUUUGAGCCAGAAACUAAAAAAGUUGAAGAAACCAAGAAAAAGGUUCAUUUUGCAGAAACAAUGGAAGUAAAAAAUGUCUCAGGAGAUACUCGAGAUAUUGUGUGUAUGCCAAAAGAGUUUAAACUGAAAAUUAAUCCUAGUGAAGUACUUGUAUUCAAUAAAGAUAACAACAAUGGCUAUAAUGAAUUAAUGGCAAGCCUCACAUUUGUAAAUGAUUUUAAAGAUCCAAUUGCAUUUAAAAUAAAAACCACUUGUCUUGUUAAGUAUAAAGUUCGUCCAAGUACAGGUACACUUACACCUCAAGAAAGUAUAAAAGUUACUUUUGUACUUAAUGGAAUGUCAAUAAAACAGACUGAUGUGAUGAGAGAUAAAUUUUUAGUACUAGUAAUUCCUAUUGUAGAUACUAAAGAUGUAGCAGAAAUGUGGAAGAUACAAUGGGAAACCAAGGAACAACAUAUUUUGAAAUGUAAAAUUUUAAAUGAAAAUGAAACAGUAAAUACUUGGAAUUCUUAUGAUAAAAAUCAUAAUAAUGAUCUUGAGCAAAAAGUUGACAAAUUAAUGAAUGUGGUUACUACUUUAGAAAUUUCCAAUCGUGUUCUUUCCCAACAUAUGCGUUACGUUAAGUAUUCAUUAUAUAUCAUACUAUUAAUGUGUUUAUUUGCAUUUGGGUUUUUAUGGGCUGUAUUAUCAUAAAUAGUGAAUUCUAGUUAACUGAUUGUUAAACUGAUUUAAUUUAUAUAAUUUUUUUUUUUUAGAAAAA